AUGCUCUCGUCAACAGGCUCCGACCACGCAGCUGGCAGCGUGUGCGAUACAAAGCCGAGCAGCGUUAAUGAGUCUGACGGGGCGCUGUUAGCAGGAGCGCAUGGCAGGCCGGGCAGGCGCGAGGGUGUGCAGCGCUCGGGGCAGCAUGGCGGCUCUGGGGGCGAGCUGGGCAGGCCGGGUAGGCGCUGCAAACGUCGCGCAGACGCAAAGAGGGUGGAAACCGAACAUGAAGACGCGUCGCAGCAGGACGCCGACUCGGAGUCGGACUCGGGCAACGACGACAAGGUGCAGCAAGCAGAUGAUGGGCUGGGUGGACUUACGGAUGCAGCAGGCCGCAGCGAAGUUCAGUCACGAGAUUUUGUGGUGGUGAGGAGCGCGACUCGCGUUGACUGGCCGAGAGGGCGGCAGGACGCAGCUCUUGUCUUACCGACGCGUGCAGACACUUGCGCGCACCAAAUUUGCGCUGGGCAGCAAGCAGGGCGGCAGAGCAGCAGGGCUUGUGGAGGCGCCGGGCAGAGACACAAAAGGCACCCGGUGCGGUUGAACGUGUUGUGA